AUGAAUUCUUCAUAUGACAAAUCAACUUAUGUUCAAUUCACACUGAUUACAUCAGAUGUGAAAACGUCCAAAUCCAUACAUUCUCUCUAUAACGAAUUAUUGAACAUACGUCCUCAAUACCCCUUAAAAUUACCGAUAGAAGAAUUGGUAGCACCCGCUCGAAGUUCGAGACGCGCGUCUCAGUACUUAGAAAAAAAAACAAAAAACACCCCACCAAGGCCGCCAAAUCGUUAUCUCUUGUUUCGAAAAGAUUUUCUCGCAAACCUUCAAUCAGAAGGAAAAAAUCUUGAUACUAAGGAGGUUUCAAGUAAAACUUCAAAAAAAUGGAAAGAACUUAUACCUCCUUAUAUUUAUUUUUUCCAAACUCUCGCUGAAUUAGCAAAAGAAAUUCACAGAGUAACGUACCCAGGAUAUAGGUAUAUCCCUCGAAAACAAAGAAUUCGUACUGCCGGAUCGGUUUCGGACGCCGAUCAGUCUUCAGAUCCCCUUUAUGAAGGGGCAUUCGAAAUUUCAUUUAAUACAAACGUGUAUGUUUCAACCGAAAAAAUGACAAACGAUUACGAUGAGAAUUAUAAUCAAAUACUCUCGGAAUUUACGAAACAUAAUGAGAGUUUUGACUCUGAAUAUAUAUAUCUAUCUUAG